UGGAUAAAGUGUAUUAUAAAAACAAAGUAGUGUAUUAGAGUCGAUUAAAAAGGGGGGAAAGUGUAGUACAUCUUCGAAUGUCAAAGUGUCAACUGUGAAUGUAGUUAGUUCUUCUGUUCUGUCACAAGCCAAAAAGCAAUACCACCACGCCGCUUUUAAUGGCAGUUCUGUUGAACAGCCUGUAAAGUGUAAUCCUACGCAUCCCCGUUCAACAGUUUCUCUUCUCAAUUUUCGUGACUGCCGACUAUCAUUUGAUAACGGAUCCUUUGAAGGAUUGCAUUUUUGAGAGAUUUCAUCUUUGCUUUGCGGUGGAUGUAUGCGACCAACACCCACCCCAGAUAACCUCUAUUGCAUUCCCAGGCUGAUAAGAAGGAACAAGCAGAAUGAAGGUAGGAUCUGGUAAAGGGAGAAAAGUGUGCCUGACGGUGACAGGUGUUGUGAUUGCAAUUGUAUUGCUAAUUGUGAUACUAGCGUUGACAGUGUUCAAAGCCAAGCAUCCUGUUACCACAGUGGACUCAACGAAGCUAGAGGACUUUCACGUGAGCUUGGAUCCAGUAAAACUAAGGGUAGAUUUGAAUGUGACCCUGGGAGUGGAUGUCUCAGUGAAGAACCCGAACAAGGUGGGAUUCCAGUAUUCAGACAGCACUGCCCACCUCAAUUACAGAGGGCAGCUGAUAGGUGAAGUCCCGAUCUCUGCCGGAGAGAUUUCAUCCGGUGAGACCAAAGGAUUCAAUCUCACCCUCACCAUUAUGGCCGACCGUUUGCUCUCCAAUUCUCAGCUUUUAUCUGAUGUCACAUCUGGUACAUUGCCCCUAAACACUUUCGUGAGGAUGUCUGGGAAAGUCAGCAUCUUAGGCUUUAUCAAAGUCCAUGUGGUUUCCUCCACUUCUUGUGAUGUUGCAAUUAAUCUUUCUAAUGGAACUGUUGGGAACCAAGAGUGCCAGUACAAGACAAAACUUUGAUUAGAGGUUUUUAGUUCAAGAGUGAAACUAGACUCUAGAUUAGUAGACUAUACACGUAUUGCUUAAUGAUGAAUUAAUUUUGUUCAUAUUUCACUUUGUUUCAUUUGUAGUUGUGAUUUGUAUCAUACUAGACUGUCUCGACCUACACUCUCCCUUUAAGUUAAGCUCCACAUCUUUAUGCUAUUUGUAGUUUUAAUUAAUAUGUAAUUACAGGGUAUUUCUUUCCUUCCACUUUUAAUUUUAUUAAGGAAUUGGUACCCUGCUAUAAUUAAUAGUAUUUUUUUUAGAAUUCAA